AGCUUAGAGGUGGAUAAAGUUCGUCUCCACGUUGGAAGUGAUAGAAAGUAUUAUCCCUAUUCAGCGUGUAGUUUCCACACCGAGCGGCGGAGGAUCAAUCGAACCGGGAAAGUAGACGUGGGAGAACUUUGACGCUCUGCGGAAGAGGAAGGAUUUGUUUUGUAUCGAUGAUCGGUCGUGUCACAGGAGAAAAGUUUUCUCAGGACACCAAGUUGUCAAGUGAGUUGAACUUCAACAAUAGGCGGACUCUAUCACAGGACAGAAGGGGGAUCCGGAGUCCCGGGACACAUGUAAACAGUGGAUUCGAGUGCGAUCAACGGAGAAAACGAGUCUUCCCUCAAGGUGAUUCAAACUUUAUGUCCAGGAAAAUGGAAGCGACCUUCUACGACGAAGCCGUGAGCGCGUCUAACCCCCAGCAUGAAGGCACAACGGUGUACGGCUUCAACCCCAAAACCCUCAGACAGACGAUGACUCUGAACCUCAACGACCCGAAAAGCUUCAAGCCCCAGCUCAGCGCCAGGGCCCUGGACAUCCUGACCUCCCCCGACGUCGGGCUCCUGAAGCUGGCCUCGCCUGAGCUCGAGCGGCUGAUCAUCCAGUCCUGCAACGGGCUCACGACGCCCACCCCGACCCAGUUCGUGUGUCCCAAAAACAUCACCGACGAGCAGGAGGGUUUCGCCGAGGGGUUCGUCAGAGCCCUGGCUGAGCUCCACUACCAGCAGCAGAUCCCGGUGGUCCUGCCCGACGCGCUGACCGGCGCCACCAGCAGCGCGGCAUCCGGAGCUGCUGAGCCCGAGGGCGGCGGGGUCCCCUACAGCUGCACGGUGCGCAGCGAGCCGCCGGAGUACACCAACCUGGGCAGCUUCGGCCGGGAUGCGAGCACCGCGUCUGCACCUGCCAGCGAGAGGCACCCACCCGCGGCUUACCCGCAACCCGCCCACAACCACAUGGACCAGCAGCUGGCGGCGGCGGCUCACCAGCACCAGCGCCACACGCGGCCGCACGCCCUCAAGGAGGAGCCGCAGAUCGUGCCCGAGAUGUCCGGGGACACGCCGCCGCUCUCCCCCAUCGACAUGGAGAACCAGGAGCGCAUCAAAGCCGAGAGGAAGCGCAUGCGGAACAGGGUGGCCGCCUCCAAGUGCCGGAAAAGGAAGCUGGAGAGGGUGUCCCGGCUGGAGGACAGGGUGAAGAACCUGAAGAAUCAAAACACGGAGCUGGUUUCCUCCGCCAACGUCCUGCGGGACGAGCUGGCCCUGCUCAAACAAAAGGUCAUGGACCAUGUUAACAGCGGCUGCCAGCUCAUCUUGACGCAGCAGCUCCAGGCGUUCUAGAAUGCUAUAAGGGAAAAACAACCGAGUGGCACUUUUUGGGGACCAAAUGCAGCUUAAACGGGCCUUUCCAGCCUCACAGAGGAGCCUCAGCCAUGUUUCCUCGAAUCACUACUCAGGCUGUUGAUGGUGACUGACAAGAGACUUCUAAUUGGUCAGUGUAUUGAAUUGGACAGGAAAGAAGCCAGCAGACCUAAUGCACGAAUCACAGCUCAGAGGGAACGUUUCAUAUAUCACACCAUGUCAUUUUGUUACAUAUUUCUGUGUUUAAUUGGUUUCUUAAAAAAGAAAAAGAAAAAAUCCAUCCAAACGAGAAAAAAAUGGAAUUUGUAAUUUGUACAAGGAAACAUGGCAGGUGUCCACAACAGCUAAAUGUCAAAUUAACUGUGGCCCACACAGACUUCCAUCCCGGCUGGACUGUCAGUCAGAGCUUGUGUGGGAUCAGAUGGCACAUGGAGAGAGAAACACAAUUUGAGCCAGGCAUUGUCCCGGCAGAUUUCCCAGUAUGUCCAGUAUAUGUAUAAGGAUACAGACUUGAGUCUAGCACUGAGUAUCCCACCAGCGAGCAGCCGAUUUGUACAGAUUCAACACUUAAAAACAGUUUCACACCAUUACGCACGGACUCUGGUAGGUGUGUUUGUAGCGUUUACUGACAAAUACUGCCUUACUUUCUUAACCCCCCUGUGUUCAAACAGCUUUGUGAUAUACGUGUAACUAAUGUUAGACCUGAAUUAACACUUUGUAAUAAUAUUUCUACGCUGUAUUUUCGAGCACUUCGACUGUAAAUAUGACGAAAUAAAAUGUUAGACACGCGUAA